AUGGCUACCACAUUACAGGAGUAUCUUGACUUGGAAAUAGAUACUCUCCAAGAGCUUCUAUCGUCAAUACCCUUUAAACCAUCUGCUGAAGAUACUAUUGGGACGCCUACAUUGGGAGGAAUUAGUUUGAAUACGCAACCUUCCAUUAUAGAUGAUGACUCUUUAGGUCAACUUCCUCUGGAUUCUAAUGGCACAGGGAAUUCUAAUUCCAAUAAACAUGAGGAGACUAUUUUCAUGAAUCUAUAUAAAUUAAGAAGGGAUGAGUUGGUUAAUAUAUUAAACAAUAGCGAGAAUACAUUAGGAAUCGAUAGUAAUAAAAUGUUGAAGUUGGGUAUAUCAUUUGGAAACUUGAUAAAGAACAGCCAAAUUGACGAACGGCCGGGAACUAGGGUAAUUAGUCAACCCUCAGGAAUUACAGCAAAUACUAGCAAUGAUGGAAAUACAUUUAUGAACAGAAUUCAAAGUUUGAAUGACGGAAAUGGUUCAGCAACAACCUUAGGUGGGGGAGAACAGGACCCAGCUCCUGAGAUUGAUAAUCCAUUCAUGUCAAAGCCACCAGUUUCAUCACAACCUGUACAAAAUAGAAGCACGCUUCAACAGACUGUGCAACAGGUUAAGUUCCUUAGAAACUUGCUUACACUAUUGAAAAACUUUGAUGUUGGUUCAUCUUCUCUGUACAACAAGAGAAGUAGCCACAACCCUCAUAAUACCAAUAAUAAUAACCAUAAUAAUAAUAACCAUAAUAAUAAUAAUCACAAUGCUAAUGGGUCUGCUGGCGGGCACAGGGGUGUUUCAAGUUCGAGUGUACUAAGUGGGAAUUCGGCAAACAACAACACCGCCAAUGGAGGUUACCGCAGAGGUAGUGAUAUGUACAAUUAUGACAGUCAGAAUGAGUACAGUGGAACCUCAAGUGACUGUCAUUCAGGAAUUGGAGGGAAUCCAAUGUAUAAUCGAGAUAGUGCGAAUUAUGGUGUACCAACUGGUUCAGCUAGCAUCAAUGGCAGUACACAUACAGGUGGAUUGGCAACAUCUUCAGUAGUUUCGUCAAGUCCUAUCAAAUUGACAAGUAAGCAAUUGCUAAUUGAGAAGUUGGAAAUUAAUAUAAACUUGGAUUUGCUAUUUAUUUAUCAAGUGCUAUUCAAAUUGAUCUUAAGAAUAUAUGAGAUCAUGAAACAAGGUAUUCUUCAACAUCAAAUACCAACUCUUGGAAAUCUGGAGCGAGGUACUUUGAAUGGAUCAGAUACAGUGAAGCCACCAUCAUCUCUGAUAAGCGAUUUCAACUUUUCGAUGAAUAUCACCAUGAAUCAUACACUGACUACUACCAAUGAUUCAAGCUCUAUUUUCUCAUCCAAUAGUGCUGCAUCCAGUGAUUCCAGUUCUCUAUGUACCCCAGAUGAAUAUGUUAGACUUAUAAAACAAGUGACUGAUAGAAUAUCAUUCGGAAUAAUAGGUCCCUUUGUCAAUAUCAUCGUGUCGGAAAUUGUUGAGCCAAAUAUAAACCAGGGGUUCCAUGAUGUUAUGGUUAGUUUAUAA